AGAACUACUCGAUUUCUGACUCUAUCUUUAGGUUUCUCGGACUUAUCCGAUCUAGGGUUUCUUAGCUCACCGAUAUUCAUUUCUGAAACCCUAUUCUCGGAUCAGGUCUGAUUACUCUGGUUGUCAGGUUCGAUCAAUUUCCAACAGCCAAGUUUCAUGUCUGAACUCGACAUCCAGAUCCCCACUGCUUUUGAUCCGUUUGCUGAGGCAAAUGCUGAGGACUCAGGUGCUGGGUCAAAAGAUUAUGUGCAUAUCCGCAUACAGCAACGGAACGGAAGGAAAAGCCUGACAACUGUCCAGGGUCUGCGAAAAGAAUUUAGUUACAACAAGAUCCUCAAGGACCUCAAGAAGGAAUUCUGCUGCAAUGGUACUGUUGUUCAAGACCCGGAACUAGGCCAGGUUAUUCAACUUCAAGGUGAUCAGCGAAAGAAUGUUUCAACCUUUCUUGUGCAGGCUGGCAUUGUGAAGAAGGAGGAUAUCAAGAUUCAUGGUUUCUGAUUUGCUGCGGAUCGAUUUCUGACAGGCGAAUGCUAUCCCCUAUCCGGAUAUUAGAAUAUAAACCCAUAAUAUUAUAAUACUAUCAGUGCAGAGCACUUUCUAUCUGAACUUUAAAAUAUAAACCGAUAAUAUCGCCGGUAUGUUGAUUUGAUAUACAAUCAUACUUGGUUUGGGUCUUUAAGCUGCCUUUUCUCUGUAAUGUGGUUUGAAAAUGGAAUGUUCGACACUGCUGAUUUCAGUCCAGAAUAAUAAUUAUGAUUAUCAAGUAAUACCCCUGACUACCUUUCUUUGU